UGUGACCAGCGUGUUAUCCUGGAGCGUUGCCGUCACUGAUUUACAGCGUUCUGAGUUUGUGAAUUAGAAUCAGUUAAAUAUUUUCUGGUAAAACGUGAUUCUGACCUACAAGAAGAUGUCGGGGCCCAUGGUCUUGUGCCAACUAUGGAUGGGAGGCUUGGAACCCUAUAUGACUGAGAGUUUUAUUAUGAACGCAUUUCACAAAAUGAAUGAGCAACCGCAAACUGUAAAAGUGAUGAGAAAUCGAUAUACCGGAGAGCCGGCUGGCUACUGCUUCGUCCACUUUCCGACUGAUGAAAUGGCACUUGACGCUAUGCACAAACUGAAUGGCAAAGCUAUUCCAGGUUCCAACCCGACUGUCAGAUUUCGCUUAAAUCAUGCCAGCACCACAGGCAAACCGGCAACAGAUAGAGAAUUCAGUAUAUGGGUCGGUGAUUUAUCAACAGAUGUGGACGAUUAUUCCUUGUACAGAGCAUUUGCUGCGAAAUACAAUUCCAUCAGAACAGCCAAAGUAAUACUGGACAGCUCAGGUUUCAGUAAAGGCUACGGAUUUGUCAGAUUUGCCAAUGAGGAAGAACAAAAAAAUAGUUUGGUUACAAUGAAUGGAUACCGAGGUCUAGGUACUAAAUCAUUGAAAAUUUGCAACGCAGUUCCUCGGCCGUGGAACAAAAUUACAGGCUCGGUACCUCCACAGUCAUCCUCUGAUUACUCUAUGUCGAACAUGAAUUCAGAACCAUACAACUAUUAUGACACUUCUUCGUACUGGAAUAGUUACAGUGCUUGGCAACAGGGAUAUUAUGAAAGUGAACCAACGUCAGACAACUACAACAAUUAUGUAUCAGACCAAAAACCAGAGGAGGAUGAACUGGAAUUGAUUGAGCAUUCUAUUCCAGUGGAUGUGGACAAAUAUAACAGAGAUGCAAUUGAGCAGGAUUACAAUAUGUGGGAUGCUUUAGAGAGUUCUAAAUGGAUACCCUGUGAUACUCUGGAAUUGUGCUAUUGAGACACUAAUAUAGUUUUGGCUGUCCACCAAAUAUUGGAUGAUUUCCAGAAAUCAUUUUUUUAAAUAUUUUACCAAACAUGCUGAGUAUGGGAUCAGCAUUGCAGGGAACGUGAACGGCAUGAUUUGGAAAAAUGAAGUAUAUCAUGUCAGGGUUGGAUUCAAAGGUUGAAUUUUUUGUUCAAAACUUUAUCAGCUCAGAAUGACACUUGAUUGUUUGUAUUUUUACACGCCAGGUUAAAUGCAUUCUACUAUAAAAGCUACACUUAUUCAAGUUCGAUAUAUGAAAUAAAUAAAUACCUUCAAAACAAGUCUAACAUUUGAUUUAAGAUUAACUUAUCCAUAUAAAGUAAUUACAAAUGCAUAAAUCUUAAACAAACUUUUAUAACAUAAUGAA